UGUGGAAAAGUGUUUCUCUGAGCGCGAGGAGCAGUGCGGGUGGGUGGUGCAUGCCAGUGUGUAAGCAUCCAUAGGAAGACACUAUCCUCCGUGUCUUUAGUGAGUGCUUUUCUGGAAGCACACUCCAACACUCUCGCUCUACUUCCCAACAAGAGAAGGACAUAGACUAGCAAGUCGCACCGGAGGAAAGUCCCCCCCCCCCCCUUUAGAAGGAAAUAGGAUCGACCGAAGGUGGGCAACACGCAUUAGCCUUGCUGAGCACCUGAGAGAAGGCGGAGCCGAGGCGGUUUCUCCAGCAGCCCACCGUGUGUACCUGCGGGAUGACGCGCGACCGGCUGCCGUGGAUGCUGCGGUACGUCUGCGUCCUGCUGGCGGUUCUACCCCACUCCUCCGCCGCCAGGAGCGGGCCAGCCUCCGGCAAAGAGCUGAAUUUCCUGGUGUACGCGUCUGGUGACACCGGGGAGGUAGUCCGGCUGACGCCCGGGCGGGGAGGCGUGUGGACCCGAGCAGUCAUCGACCGCGGCAUCCGACCUGUGGCGGUCGACUAUGAUCCAGUGGAACAGAGAGUGUACUGGAGUGACGUGGAGAACAGGUGCAUCAAACGUGUCUUUCUGAACGGAACCGGAAGUGAGGUCUUCAUGACAAGGUUCAUGGGUACAGUCGACGGCCUGUCUGUAGAUGUAGCGAACAGACGGCUGUAUUUCUCCAACAUGAACUCCGUCCGGGCCGGCACGUGGAUCAGCUCCUGGCAGCGGAUAGAGAUGGUGGACCUGGACCGCCGGAACCGGAAACGCGUCAUAGAGACCGACCUGGACAAACCUCGGGCUGUUGUAGUGCACCGUGGAUUCCUGUAUUUCUCUGAUUGGGGCAGCCAGCCGAGGAUCAGCCGGGCGGACCUGGACGGCGGGAACCGCGUGACGCUACAGUCCGCUAACGUGUACAACCCCAACGGGCUGGCCACCGACGGGCGGGCGCUGUUCUGGACAGACGCACGACUGGCGCUCGACUCGGCAGCGUCUAUCGAGAAGUCGUCACUUCUGGGAGGGAACAGAACCACCGUGAACUUUCGUGUGAAGGUACCGUUCGGAAUCACACUGGGUGACGGUUACGUGUUCUUCAGCGAUUGGGACGAGCGGGCGAUCUUCCGCGGGAACAUGCGUAAUGGGGAAAUAGUUUCCGUCGUCAAGAAUAUCUCACAUCCUAUGGGGCUGCAGUUCUACAAAGGACCACAAUAUGUCGAUCUAACAGCUCGCAACCCGUGUGACAACAGCGACUGUAGCCACAUCUGUGUUCCCACCCGUGGAGGCUACCGCUGCCAGUGCCCGGAUGUUGGAGGGUUGGUACUGACGGACGAUGGGAAGAGAUGCGUAGAGCCUGACAACUUCCUCCUGGUGGCCGACUACAACGAAAUACGCAUGCUCUCCUUCGACACACGUGAUACCACCGCCUAUCCCAUCAUUCAGCUGGACGGUGCGCCGAACAUCGUGGCCCUGACCUAUGACCCGGAAGAGAAGUUUGUAUACUGGAGCAGCGUGAACACAGGCAUGGUGUCACGUGGCCGACUGACGGGAGAGGAGAUAUCCUACGUCAAGCUGUUCGGAGGGGGCAUAGACGGAAUGGCAAUCGAUGUAGAUGGAAGGACCUUAUACUGGUCAGAUGGGAUCGCAGGGACCAUCGAAAUGCUGGAUCUGGGCACAUUUGCACACAAGGUCGCAGUCAAAGAUGUAGAUAAACCACGUGCCAUUACCAUGGACCCGAUCAGAAGCUACCUGUUCUGGUCGGAUUGGGGGAAAGAGCCAAAGAUAGAGCGGGCCUCGCUGUCUGGCGGAAACCGGACCACCCUGGUCGGCAGGGACCUGGAGUCGCCCAACGGCCUGGCAGUGGACGCUGACGAGGGCAGGCUCUACUUCGCCGACGGCACACUCAGGAAAAUAGAGUCCAUCGCUGAAGAAGGAGGAAAUCGCCGAGAAGUGGCGGCCAUAUCUCAGAAGAUGGACCACAUCUACGGGCUGGCGAAGGUGGGCCCCGCCCUGUUCUACUCCGACUGGAAGACCCAGUCCGUGGCCAUGACUGACCUGGUGACGGGCAGGAUAGACAAGGUCAUCACGGACCUCAUCAGGCCCACGGAGAUACAUGCGCAUCAUCCCAAAGAGCUGAAAGUGUCGGGUAUGUGUGCCACUGGCCGGUCCCCCUGCUCACACACCUGUGUGUCUGUACCGGGAGGAGUCAGGUGUGCAUGCCCAGUCGGCAUGAGGGUAGCAGCUGACAGAGUCACGUGUGUUGACGAUACUUCCACACCCAGUAAUGACGUCACUACUAGUCUCAAUGAGAUCUCAACCAACUCAAUGGAAACAACCACAUUACUGGACAAGACAGGAACACCGGGCCCUGUGCUGGCCUGUCCGCCUGACGUAAUGAAGGAGGUGCCCAGAGCGCCUGUGAUGAUCACGUGGAAACAGCCACGACUGGUGGGGAAUGGGGCCAUCCUGAUGGCGGAAUGUUCCAGGAAACCCGGACUGUUCUACAGAGGAAGCACCGCGGUCACGUGCUGGGUCGUUGAUUCCAAAGGAACCAAAAACACCUGCAGGUUCAACGUCAGCAUCAUCGUCAAAACAGUCGAAUGUCCGCCUGUACUCUCUCCGACCAACGGUAAUUACACCUGUAAGAUCGCCAAGACAGGGAAGCAGCGGUGCCGCAUGGAGUGUCAGGAGAGAUUCUCUCCUUACCCUGACGCCAAGUUCACAUGUACACCCAUGGGGGAAUGGAGGGACCCUAUACCUCUCUGCAUAGGUGACGUCGAAAGACCAAAGAUGUUUCGCCGACUCAUAUCCUUCUUCCUCCCGGUCCCAUGUCAGAGCAUUUCCUCUGUUCUGCCUCUUGACAUCACCGGUAAAUUACUCAACUACAUCGUGCCGCUCGAGCCGUGCAAGCCCCUGUCCCGGGACGCCAGCUGUCUCUCAGUCAAAGCUUCGUGCAGUGCGGGAUAUGUCGCCAGGAGGCGCAGGCAAGCCGGUCCACCAGAAAACGGCGUGGCAGUGAACAUGACCGUCACCAUAAACGCACGGCAAGACUCGAUUAGACUGAGAAGACUGGAAAAUUCCACAACAGAAAGGAUAUUGAGGCUAUUGAGAACUGGAAACUUUAGCUACGACAACGGGAACAGAGUUUAUAGGAUCGACGCAGACGGUGUGGUCGUGUCUGAUGUGAACGUGCUGUGUGAUUAUGGCAGGAUGAAGAUCAGUAAAGGAUGUGUGAGGUGUCCGCCCGGUACAUUUUACAACGAGACCGCCAACCUGUGUCAGUACUGUGUGCUGAACAACUACCAGCCGAACCCCGGCCAGACGUCCUGCCGACUCUGCCCCUGGGGCACGGGCACCGCGGGGGUGGGGGCGUUCGACAUCAAACAAUGUGAUAGAAGUAACCUCCCAGCCACCGAGAGACCACGGAACUCCGAGAACACCAUCCCGACCUAUCUACUCAACAACAAGGGCCCGGGAGUUCUGUUGUUCCUCUACAUCGCCGCCGGGUGUGUGGGGUUCAUCCUUCUGUCCGCCGCGCUGGCGGCUAUCUGUUACCCGCCUUCUAUGGGAGAUCCUAACAGGAGUAACGACAAGAAAAACGAGAUGGCGGGAAACUGUGUACAGCCGACCAUGACCACCCUGACCCGCAAGAACAGGGCAUUCGGAUGGGAUGACGAGGGGGAAACCGAUAACAGGGAAAAGGACCAGUCCACCUCAACUUUCCAGACGGGGAGGAAGUGGCGAGAGGGCGGAAAGUCGUCUCAGUUAGAAGGGGCGCCCUCCCGCGACGUGAACUUGUACUACAACGAGACUAAAAGGUCGCAGAAAGUAACAUAUCUGAAGCAGAACAACUUUUGACUGUAUUAACCUCUGAUAUAUGGGGGGAUUAUGACUUUAAAGCACAAGCCAUAUGAAUGUUAGACCUUCAAAAACUAGACUGAUAUAUAAGAAGUGGGUGCACAAAGGUAGACUGAAAGGAAGGCGAUGGAAACAAUGUGUGAAUAUGGCAAUCAAUUAUCAAAUGGCAAUAACUUGUUUCCAUCGAGUUGGAUUUCUAACAUCAAUGCAAUAUCAAAGAUGGUCACGCAGUCUCCUCAUGUAUGACGUACCGUUAAGAUUUGCAUUGCAUGAAUGGAUCUGGACGAUUUUAAACGCCAAAGAGCAUUUAAAUAACUCUUGCAUACAUAGAAAUAGAUUGAUGCAUUAAGAUGUGGAGAAUCUUGCAAUGUGAUAAUGUUUGUCGAAGAUCAUGGUAUUUUAGGUAAUUAAAUCCCAUGAUGUAAUUUUGUAUAUUUCAUUAGAUUUAUGGUCUGAAAAGACACCGUUUUGUAUGUACGUGUCCGCUAUUUUACGGAGCUGUGUAGGCAUUUCGUCGGAUUCAUGAUUCCACUGCCCAUGCGCAGUGUGAUGCAUUGUUAACAGUGUGUUGAGGGCCUCUGGGAUAUAAACAGAACACCUGAACAUGUAUAAAUUCUCUUGACAAGAAUAUGUGUACAGAUUUACUAGGAUCAGGAAUUCAGAUGCUGUAACCUGUAUCUUUGUUACAUUUUGUAUGACCCUUACCUCUUCUCUCAUGACCUCAAUGAAAAGCGGUCUGAGCUUAUCAUAGAUAAACAGUUUCAACCAAAAACAAAAACUUCACAAAUUAGGGGCCUUCACCUAUGACCUCCUCAUGCAUGCGCAGUUGGAACCAUCACCAUACUUACAACCGUGAUGAAGCAAGGCAUCCGUUAUUUGUACAGUAAUGUUCGAUGUUGUCAGGGUAUUGUAACUGGCCGGGGCAUCAGUCAGUCAAGAGGCGCCAUCUUUUUUUCUAAUGAUUUACGAAUUAAGGUCAUAAACUUGACCCCAAUGCCCUAUGCAACAGCAGAGUCAUCAUCUCCGGUAUCCGUUAACAUUGUGGAAAUAACAUCAUUGUUGUCAAUGUUAAAGGUAAGGAUAUAUAUAUAGACUUGGUUGUCUAAUACACCUACCGUCAGAAGUUCAUACCCUGACUGUAGUUCAGUACUUCAGUCUAUUUGAUCAAUUGUUCUUUGAAGCUAGCUUUGUCACGUUCUGUUGGGAUUCAGCAAAACUUGCCAUCAAAUUAAAUUUGAGGAGUCCACCUAACUUAGCCUCGACUUUGAAGAAAUGUUUUAGGGUUUGUUUUGUCCAGAAAACGCAAUUCCCUCCUCCCAUUGGUGUUAUUGUUAAGUACUGAUGAAUGUGACAGAAUGUCCCACGCGACAAUAUGGUAUCAGAAUGUUGAUAAGUGUAUAUAAUAGUAUAUGAUAAUAUUUGACAAAUCGAGGCUCAAGCGAUCGUGUAUAUACAAGCAAAUAAAUUUUCUCAUAAUGAGAACCGUUCAUAUGUACAUUGAAAUGGUUAUCUAUGGUUCUCCUGCGAAGAAAUAAAAUACAUUGAGAUGUUAGCUGC